AUGUCAAUUUUAAAAUUAUUACCACAAUCAUUUGUCUCAUCUCUUCAAAAAUCCUCAUGGGUUGAAUAUAGAAAAAUGGGUUUAUAUUUUGCUGAUCUCUACAAUAACACUGAAGCCAACCAAGAAGUUUACAGAAGAUUACCAUUUGAUGUUCUCGUUCAAAGAGACAGAAGAUUAAGAGUUGCUAUCGAUUUAAGUUUAAAGAAACAACUUUUACCAGAAUCUGAAUGGUCAGAUAACCAAAAAGAUUUUGAAUUCACAGAAAUGAUUGAAAAAUACACUGAACAAGUUGAGAGAGAAAACGAUUUAAGAAGAUCUUUCAGAGAAUAA